AUGAAUGACGGUCGUGGAAGACGGUGGACGAGAAACUCGUUCCGAUGGCGUCGGGAGACGUCGAAGAACACGCCAUAUCACUGGGCGUCUCGUCAUGAGCUGGCAGUUGGGAAUGCAUUGUCACAUUCGAAGUACCGAGUAGUGAACCGUCAAACUUUCAGUAAACAGUUCCCUUCUAAAACGCUCACCGUUAGAGGACGGGGACGUUCUACCUCUGCCUCGGCCAGCCAUGUCUUUCGUCCAAAAUGCGAGAACACAUCAAGGAAAAUACGGGCGGCGAUCGCACCAUCUAUGGCUACUGAUAACCAGCAAGCAGCGUUAAGGAUCAUCGGCAAGUAUCAAAUGCGCCGUUGCCCGGCGGCUAUGCGGAUGGUUGUCGUGAGUCGGUACAAGAUGAUGCGAAAGCCAGAGUCAUCGUUACCCUCGUCCAUCGUAGCUUUUCCUCCGUCGCCCCUUCUAGUGGUCAGAUCAGCGCCCGGAAUGCAAUCGAACCGUCGUGGUCGUCGCUUCAACCCCCGACCCACCGCCACAACCUGCUAUGAUCGUCACAAACUGGUAAUGAAUCGUUCAUCGGCACCUUUUACCACCGCCGUCUCCUCCUCAUCGAACUCUGUGCCGUUCCACAUCAAGAGUCGGUACAAAAUCGACAAACAGUUGAAAAGUUCAGGAAGAUGCGCCGCACAGUACGUUUUAUUCGUUUGGCAUGAUUUCUCGUUUUAA